AUGUCACAAACCCAGUGGUUCAAUGAUGUUCCAACAAAUGGAUACUAUACCUUGGUGACAGUAAAUUCCACCACUUGUUCUACGACGACAACAGUAUUUGCCAAUGAUACGAGGAUAUCAGCAUCGAUUGCUGAUAUCAGAUUAAUGAACUACGAUAAUCAACUCAAUUCAAUACUUGUAUUACCAUCAUUAGCUUUGCAACAAAGUGAAAGUAACCAAAAAAUCACCGAUAAGAAUCAGAACAUGGUUACUCCACAACUUAGUUGUACUGAAGGCAGGGUUGGAAAAAAUCUUCAUUAUCAUAGUAACUGUCAUCGUAGUCAAUGGAGUACAACAAAUAGUAAACAGUUAUUACAUGACCAUGUUAUAAUCCAUCCAUUAUCAAACCAACGUUUUCAAAUCAACAGUAACAUUAAUCAUCAUCACCUCAACAAAGAUUGCAUGGAUAAUAUCCAGGGAGAUCAACUGGCAUUGCGUAGUACAACAAAUGAUGAUCAGUUUGAUUAUUUAUCCUAUUUUAGUCAUGAAAAAGGUAGCGAUCAUACUAUGCGGCCAUUUCCUUAUCCCCAUUCACAUAAUUAUGAAAGGAAUCGAGAUAAUAAUGAUGACGAUGAUAAAAAAAGCAAAUUAGGUGACGAACUGAUCAAUUUUAAAUUAGAGUUGGAAACAUUGCAGUAUCAAGCCGUACAUUCGACGAUCAAGCUUCAUCCUAUUGAUACAAGGACAUCGAUAGAUACAUUAACAAGUCCAAAUUCACAUGAUUCAUCAUCAGUAGUAGCAUGGACUAGUAAACGAUUAUUUGAUGACCGUGAGAGGUUAUUGCUCCAGAAGAAUACUGAAUUAAAUUCUAAUGUAAGCCAUUUAGAAAGUCGAUGUGAAUAUUUAGCCAAAGAAAUGUCAUCCUUGAAGCGACAGCUUGGAUCAUCAAAUCACAAUCGUCAAAAUUACUUGGAAGACAAACUAGCUAGGCUAAAAAUACGUAACUCAAAACUGGUUCAAAUUGCGAAUGAUUUACAAGAAACAAUUUCUAAAAAUGGAGAUGACGGCUACUUUCAGCAAUGCAUGCAACUGAAAGAAGAACUAAAGAAGAAAGACGAUGAGAUAAACAAAUUAAGGGUUAAUCAACCUGCUAAUGGACCAGAAGUAGGUUCUAGCAAUAUUCACCAAGGGAGUAAAAAUAUACAGCAGUCUGGUCGCAGUAUUGAGGAACUUGAAACGAUUAUACGUCAACUCACUAAAGAAAAACUUCAAUUACAAAAACAUAUGACAGAAUCUCCUGGAAAUUUAGCGCGCGUCGCAGAAUUAGAAGAGAAAUCUAGCAAAUACGAAGCACUCCUAUUAACAAAUGAAAUGUUAAAAUCAGAAAUCAAGCGACUUGAGGAAACCAAGCCUCCAGCUACGGAUGAGCAACUUUUACAAAAAUUAAAAUCAUAUGAAGAGCUUGAAAGAAAACAUUCCGCUUUGGAGAAUGACAUGGUCCAGUUAAAAAGUGAAAGUGAGCAGAUCAAAUUAGAAAAUGCUUCACUGAAUCGAAAUGUAGCGGAAUUACAGAAAGUUGAAAUGCGAUGCGAGAAAUUACGGCAAGACUUGAAAAAGAGUUUGGAUGAUUGUGAUAAAUCAAGAAGUGAAUGUAUUGCUUUAAAGCGACGAAUUUCAGAAUUAGAGAUUUCUAUAGCGGGCUUAUCGUUAACGGCAAAUCAGAAAAAGCAGCUAGAAAAUGAUUACAAUAUUACAAAACUUAAAUUAAAUGAAAGACAACAAGAAAUGCAAAAAUUACACAUGAACCAGCUGCAAGAUAGAGAUAGAUAUCGAGAAGAAAUCAGCAAAUUGGAGAAUCAAUUAAGAAGUCUUCGAGAUAAAAAUGAGCUUAGUGAACGCCGAUGUAAACGGCUUUCAAAGGAAUUACAACAUUAUCACAAGAAUGGAUUAAUUAUGGAAAAUAGCAAUCAACUCAACGGGGCAAAUUCUGACUACGUCAGUCUUCAAGACAAGAUUAAAGGUUUAGCUGCAAGUAGCGAUGACGAUGAUUUAUUCGAUCGCCAUUACCGAAGGAGACGUUCAUACUAUUAUAAUGAUAUAUUUGCAACAGAUAGUUCAUCUGACGAAACUUACGGUAGCCGAAGAAAGUCUAGGCAGAAAAACGGGCCACGGCAACAAACCUUACCCAAACUUCCCGCAAUUGAAGAUUCAGACGCUUAUGCAAUGGCGGACCUUUCAGUUUUCGUGGCGAAAUACGAUUAUAAUCCUAUGGAGACGUCACCAAAUAAGCAACCUGAGUUUGAAUUACCGUUUAAGGCUAAUGAAUAUGUAAUUGCUUAUGGUAACACGAAUAUAAGCGGUUAUUAUAACGCUGAAUUACUAAGUGGUAGACGUGGUUUAGCACCUUCGAAUUAUCUAAGGAGAGUCACAGCGGGAUCAACAUAUGGUACUGGGCUUGAAGCACUCAGUGAAACUAAUUCAUCGCUUGUAUCAAUAAACAAUCCUGAAAAUAAGUUAGACCAAUUACAAACUGGUGAUCCAGCUAUAGCUUCUCCAAUAAACGUUAGGAUUGAGCGCCAUUUUAUAGAUAGUGUACUUCUUCGAUGGCAAGCUGCUGAUUUGCCACCAGAUAAAGUUACUGCAUAUGCGGUUUAUGUUAAUGGGUCGUUACGAUCAGAAAUCAACAAAAAUGAGAAAAUGAAGGCCCUAGUUGGAGGACUCGAUAAUAAUCAUGUUACAAGGUUAUCAGUCCGAACAAUAACCCCUAUUGGUCAUUCUUCAGACGCUCAGGCUACGGUAUUAAUAGGAAAAGAUUUGUCGAUCGCUCCUUCGCAAAUAAAAGUUUUAUCGUACUCGGCCACAACCGCAGUAAUUGCUUGGAUGCCAAGUGAUAGUAACUUUUCACAUACAAUCUUUGUCAACAAUGAUAAAUUUCAACAAGUGCCGCCUGGUACUAAUCAAUGCAAUCUGACCGGCUUGGAACCUACUAGUACUGUUACUGUUAAGAUAAUGGCAACUGGCCAAUUACCAGAUGAGCACGCCAAAAUGUAUAACUUGGAUAAAAUUACAUAUUCUGAAAUUCAAUUUCAAACUGAUCAACAAGGCAUUCCGGAUAGCCCAGCUAGCGUCAGAUUGGAUACUGGAAGCGAAAAAGGAUCAUUAUAUAUUACAUGGUUACCCGUGACAAUAAGUGCUAAUGGAAAAUCGAACGGUACAUUGGUUACCGGUUACACUAUUUACAUUAAUGGCAGAAAGAUUUUAACUACGCCGGAUCCUACUGCUGAUUAUUUAGAGAUUAGUCCAAAAGUCGUCGAAUCGAUACUACAUGGGUCUUCACCAUACUCAGUCACAGUACGUACACAAUCGAUUCGGGGAGAGUCGCGAUCGUCAGCUGAAACUAUCAUAAGUAAUGAGUUAAUCAAUACUUUAAUGUCUGAUUUAAAAGUUCGCUACAAUGGUGAAAAAGAACUUCUGUCACCGUUGUCUGAUAAAAGUAGGUCGCGUUCUAACGAAAAAGGUGAAAUAGGUUUUCAACAAUUGAAUAAUCGUCCAGAUAGAUCAUCAACUAGUAUCAGUGGAAAAGGUGAUAGGAGCCCUCGUGCAUCUAUGGAUUCUAUCACAAAUGCAAAAUGGAAAGAAACAACUGCACGAGUGUUAAAAUUAUUGAGUCAUAAUAAAACUGAACGUAAAUACAGCGAUGAUAUCUCGGAUUUAAGAAAGACGAAAUUAGAGGAUGACGUCAAUAGGAGGAGAUCGAUUGCCUCAGCUAAUGUUACUGCAUCGGUACUAGCUAAAAUUUGGCAAAAGCGAGCAGCAGCAAAAAAGAAUGAAUCAUCUUCGCCGCUAUGGGUGAAUACUAGCACCCACUCAGGAAAAGAUGACAAGUCGAUGUCCAAGUUUAAGACUACACCUAAUAAUAAAUUUAAUGAUAUUCGUGAGAAAAUUUAUCAAGUAAAAAUAUUUCAAGAUGGUCGUACAAAGUCAAAAUUUAACGAAGGCAAAGAUAGACAAGACAUUAAUGCUGACGAUCACCAUGGUAUUAGCGAUUUGUUGCCAGUAAAGAAUAGUGAUUCUCGUCGUCAUUCAUCGUAUAUCGAUACUAAUGGGCUUAAUAAUACCAUGGAGAUACGUAAGGCCCAUUAUAAUCGUCGUUUUUCCGCAGGAACGACGGAAAAUACUGACCAAUCAAUUGAUGCGGGUAAAUCAUCAUUAGGCAUGGCUAUGAAAUAUCUGAAAAAGCAAAAUCAUGAAUAUCAAAAGAAAUCACCUACAACGGAAAUACCACUAGAGAAUAGUACGGAAGGAGAUACCAGUUCCUAUCUGGUCGCCAACACUGGCCCUAGCCGGUCAAAAAAGACCAAAACAGUCACUGGCAAUAUGCAAGGUGGUUCAGAUUCAGAUCUUGAAUCUCAAAGUGAAUCUGAUGAACGUCAUGUCGAACUAUUUAAGCCUAUCGAAGCACCACCUGGUAAUUCUAGCAAUCUAGUGGCGCCAAAGCCCGUUAAACCAACACCUUGCGUGACACCAAUUAUUCAAAGUGAGAACGAUGAUGAAUCAUCAACACAUGAAAGCCAGCUUGGGUUAGCAAACCGUGAAGCUAUUAAUAUAACAGGUUCGAAAGUUGUUAAAGGAAAAGAAACAUCUAUGGAGUUGGUAUUAGGCAAAAUAAAGAAACUAGACAAAAAUUCUGACGGAGUUACAUCUUCACCAAUAUCUACACCUACAAAUUCUCUUAAAACUACUAGACCUAAAAAGGAUAAACAUUUAACUAAACAUAAACCAAGCGAGCUUUACUUAUCAAGCUCAGACAGUGACAGUGAUGAACCUAAACCAAGGCAUACUCGAAAAGCGUCGUCUACUAGUAAGGUAAAAGAGUUAGGUGCCGAAGGUUUAGAAGAAAAGAUUCCGAAAAUUAAAGUUGAUAAGCUGGAUGGUAAUAGCAAGAAGAGUGCAUUUUCUAGCGCUAGAAAACCUCAUUUAGACAAUACUAAAAGCAAAGCAAAAGAUAUCAACAGCGAUAGUAAAAAAUUUCAAAGUAAUGAUAUCGAAGAUACGAUCGCUAUUAACUCUAUUCGCGUCAAUAGUGAAGACAGUUCUCCGGUAGUAGCUAAAACUGUUAUCUCUGAUACAAAGAGUGAUGAUUCUAAGAUCAAAGCAAAAAAUGUAGUCACUUAUCUGAAAAAUAGUAUCAAUAGAAAUAGCACUAGCAGUAGUAGUAGUAGUAGUAGCGAUAGUAGUAAUAAUAAUAGUGAAAAUGAAACCAAUGAGGUUAAAGUGGCACAAUCAAAUCUUUCUACUCAGAAGGAUCAGCAAAGUAAGCGGAACCUCAUUGAAUAUAACAAAUCUAUAGAUACUGAUAUCCAAUCGAAAUUGGUCAACGCUUCUACGAGAAAUUAUCAAGAAGUGACCUCACAACAAAUUGAUACAGAGAAAACCAAUGUACGCCAGAUCGACGAUAAUAAAACAACUUCAAAAGUGCCUUCCACAACUGAAGCUGUAGCAGUAAUUAGAAAUGAUCUUCAGAAAGAUGCAAAUAAAAACAAUGAUCAGAAGAAAACUAUUGUUACACCUACUGAUGCCGAAAGUCUAAGUAACAAUAAAAUACAUGACACCAAUGUGUCUUCUAAAUCAGUUCAUAUUGCCAAACAUAAACCCUUAAGUGCUACAAAUAGUGAAGAUUCUAUUAGUAAGACUCUUGAAAACUUAAAUGUAAAAGAUAAUGAUGUGUCUUUAACGGAUGAAUCAGAGUUUGCGUUUGACGACGAGCAAUUUGACAACUUUGAAGAAACUACACAACCUUUUACACCAACAGCACUGAUAGAUAUACCUGAGGGCAAUGAAGAUGAAUCAGAAAGUAUGGAAGAAGCCCAAGCUAAAAAUAAAGUCCGCCUUUUCGUCGCACUGUAUAACUACGACCCUGAAGUCAUGUCACCUAAUCCUUUAGAUGUUGCUGAGGAAGAACUGCCGUUUAAACAAGGCGAUAUUAUUAAGAUUUAUGGUGAUAAAGACGGCGAUGGCUUUUAUAAAGGUGAACUAAACAAUCGCACUGGCUAUGUACCUUGCAACAUGGUGUGCGAAAUACAGUAUCCUGAAACACAAGUAACCGGAACAGAAAAUACAGACCCUGACCCGAGUCAAUCUUUGUCUAAAGACAAAGAUCAAGAAUUUAUUGCAGAUAGCGAUAUACCAACCGUUGAUGUGGAAUUUACGAUGACGAAUGAUGUGCAAUUAAAUGAAGAACAAGCAGCGGGUGCUGGUAACGAUCAAAGCGCCAGCGAUGAUUCUUCAUCAUCAUCAUUCGAUGAAGAUAAUGUUUCGUUUACAUCAGCGAGGACGCAGGAAGUAAAAUCUUACGCUGUUGCUUUAUAUGAUUACGAUCCGUAUGUUUCGUCACCGAAUGCGGACUCCGAGAUGGAACUUACAUUCCAUGCUGGCGAUACUAUUCGUAUCCUAGGAAAUAUGGACGAAGAUGGCUAUUUUAUGGGCGAAUUAAAUGAUAAACGCGGCUUAGUUCCAUCUAAUUUUGUUAAAUUAAUCGAAAAUUCCGCUGAUGAAGGAAAAGAAAACGAUAAAUCAGAAUAUCCAGCUAAAGAUGACGAAGGUGGACAACCUGCUAAAGAGAGUCGUUACCGAAUGCCAUCACAAGACAGCCAGUCUGAAGAUGAUCAAGAAUUUAUUGAUAAUGGAAAUAAUCGUAAAAAGAAAAAGAGUCCAUUAUCUGGGAAAUUUUCUGGUUUAAUUAUAUUGUUUCUUGCCAACGAUAUCCGAACUCAACCUACACGUCAACUGACUAAGUAUUAUAUUAAUUAA